CGUAAAUUCGUUGGCGGUAAAAGCAGAUGAACCCAUACACCUCGUGCGCAUCAACCAGCUGUCAGUUAGAAAACAUACAAAAUGUAAACAACGAUCACAGCACAGAAGUUAUGUAAAAUUUUUGUUGAAAACUGAACUAAAUUACUUUAAUAAAAUAGUUACUUCAAAGCGGAAUUGUUAAUAUGGCACUGCGUGGCGUAAGGUUUGCCUCGUCCUUUUUCCGUAGCAACUUGGACGCAUUUAAGCAGAGGCAAACCGCCCUCCAGAACCGGAUCGAUUCAAUUCAGUUCCCUGAGAAGUACAAGGGAACCAUAUGGGAAAAAUGGGCCAUGUACUGGCGGAAUCUGAUACGGGACUACAAAGAAAUGAUCAUGGACACAGGGAAAACGAUGCGUGAGCGACCGGUUCGCAGUGGCGUUUAUCUGACCCUGUUGGGAACUACGUACUACUGCUGUGCCAACAAUCCGGAUGAAGCGGAUUUUGUGAACCGGUUCCGGCAAUGUGCAAAUGAGUUGCAGUUGGUUCAUCCCAGUUGCCAGAAUCCGACGGCAUCGGCGCACAUCCAGUUCCUGCAGAAGUGCUACAAUGAGGGCAUAGUGCGGAGGAUUUCCCUCGGGGUGGUGUCCUUCAUCUGGUUGGACAACUUCGACCGGGGGGUGGCCAUCUACAAGGCGAUCUGUCCGUAUCUGCAGCCCCGCUAUAUGACCUUCCACGAGCGGAUUGUCGACGUGGGCUUCAACAACGAGUGGUGGCUGCUGCGGAAGAAGAUGAUCGAUUACGACAUUAACGAGGAAAAUCUUUAGGAAUAAAGUCAAGCGGCGAACGAAAA